AUGGCCGCUCUACUUGUAUUUUGGCAAUCUGAUGAAGUAUGCACGACCAUUACCUCAAUCAGGAGCAUGCCAUCUAGUAGGAUUUUUACCUUUGCUUCCCGACAGGGUGCAGAUGGUGCUCAAGGCGAUGACACUUCAAAGCUCAAGCCUCUUGUCCCUGAUUGGGUCAAUUGCGAGUGGAAACCUGAUCCCCCAGUCGACCCUGAAGAUAAACACUGCCGUGGAUUCACCAACAAUGCUUGUGGCAGGCUGCUCUGUCCAACAGAGCUAGACUGGAAUAACCCAAUUGUCAGAGCAGGAAUUAGGGACUGCAUAGAUGGCCAUAUUGUGAUGGAAAUGUCAUGGCCCACAUUUCGUUAUGCAGGAUAUACAGCCAAUCUGAAUAAUCUCAAGGAGGGUCUCUUCAAAAGCAAACUUUUAGUUCAGGUUCAUCAUACUAAAACAGAGGACAUUGCUGGUGAUGAAGAUGGCACCAACAUCAUCGAAAACAACAGAUGCGCAAAGAAGGAUGUUUUGGGCAAGAAAGUAAAAACACACGUGGCUCAAAUCAUUAAAAUGCACAAAGUCUCACCUCGUUUGAUCGCUUAUGUGUCGUGUCAAUUGCAAUUCACCCUUUCCUCUGUAACGUCAUGGCAGUCAGUAGACGGCAACUUUGAUUACAUGCAGUUCUGGUGCAAUAUAGUGGACUUCUUUGAACACCCCCCUGGUCGAACAGUGCAGCACAAUAUGGACUGA